GCUUUACAUUGACAUGGAUGAGCAGAAAUGCCUUGACGCUGGGGCUCAUUCGUCUACAACAAAACCUUGAUGUAUGCUAUAGAUGGUCUUAAAGAAAAAAAAAACGAAAACGGGCGACGGUGAUAAGACAAACGCUUACCACUGUUCAAGUUAUAGACAAUGAGAAAAAGAACCUUCACCAACAAGGACAUGUUCCUACUCAGCGUUGCAGAAGCUGCAUGCUUAUAGGAUGAUGUGACAGUGAUUUUGUUUUCAUGGAGAAAAAGUCUCUUUACCAUUAUUUAAGUUUGACUGAAAAAGUUUGACUGAUGUUUGUCAUUGCAACAUCUUUGUGUGACAAGUAUAUGAUGUUGGCAGGAAGACUUUCAUCAGUUUUGAUGUUUUUCUUUCGCUUCGCCUGGAUUUCUCGAUUCACACUACCAAGCAUCCUUGUAACAGCAUGGACACUUAAUAUUCGUUUUCGAGUGGAAAUUGAAUUUCAAAAUGUAGGCUAAUAAUACUUUGAAAUUCACCUUGUGUUCUUUUUAUGUAUAUUUAUUAAUGUAAUCAAUUUGUCAUAAAAAUGUAAUCAGUUUUAAAUUUGCUUACCUCUCAUUCCGUCCAAAGAAACUGUGAUAAUAUAUUUACAAUGAGUCGUGGUGUAAGAGACUUACGUGAACUGAUAUGUGUUUCCCGUCUCACGUUUCGGAACAGUGAUGAUGAAGAGCCCCAAUUUCUCACUGAUGAUGAAGUGGUAGCCAAAGAUUUUGACCGGUUAUCUGUCAGUAGUUCUGACUCGGUGGGAGGGGUGGAGGCUACAAAUGGAGGGAGGCAUAUAUCCCCUGACUCAGGGUGUGUCACAAAUGGCAGCACACCCCCAGAGCUCCCUAUGGAAGAGGAUACAACCCUAUCUACCACACCCAUCAUUGUCAAAUCCCCACCUGUCCCUACCAAGGUAGGCAGGACCAGAAGGAAGAAGAAGAGGGCUCCUCAUAAAGUUCUGAGCACAGAGCCCUCUAGACAUGAACUGCCAAAACCACCCAGAAUCCCUCCAUUGCGACCAAGAUACAAGACAAGCAACAGUUCUGAUAAUGAUUCAGAUGUGGACAUGGAAUCUUGUCCUGUACAGAGAUAUGGCUCACAUGUGACUGGCUUUAGGAAGACACAGGCCGAGGGAAACUUUGAUGAUAUCUUGUGUUACAUGGAUGCUACUGUUGUGUCCAAUUGGUUGGAACGAGCCAACAAGAUGGUAACAGAGAUAACAGCCUAUUGUAACAGUGAUGAUAGUUUUGUUACAUUUGCACAUUUCUGGUUUACUGGUUUUGAUGAUAUCCAAAAAAUAGAAUUGUUUGAUUUAGAACAUAGUAUUUUAGUUGAGGAAAUGAGCUUUGCUUUUGCUGUCGGGAAAGACCAAGGAAAAGUUAAUCAAAGAGAUCUCAACAACUUCAUAAGUGCCUUGUUCAGAGAAUAUCCAGACAAACUACUUAGUACCAAGGGACCAAAUAUGUUCUUGAACCAUUUGGAUGUACUGUCAUCACAGAAACAUGUUCAGUAUAAAAAGUUGUUGUCUGAUGUCAAAUGUUCAACCAAAAACAAACAGUAUGCCCAGUGGAUACUGGCCACCCGUUCAUUUGCUUUAGUCAGUGUGUGGUCAGCUGUUGUAAACUUUUACCGGAAUCUACUGGAGAAGAUAUCACCGUCAAGGCCACCCUCCAGUCAGUCCCAUAGGGAGGAGGACACUAACCUAAGACGAAUAGGUCAGGCCAUCAGACUGGGAUUUGCUGAUGUGGUACACUACUACUUUACCGAAGGUCAUAUAAAGCCCCACCUCGUUGACCCUAAUGGUCGCACCUUUGUCUUCUCUGCUGUCAUGUACAACCAGUGUGGUGUGCUGCACUACCUCAUCAACAGGGUGAAGCCUAUGAUAGAUGUGAACCUAGCUGCUGACACUGGCAACACUCCACUUCACGCAGCGGCAAACAGCGGCAAUGAUCGCCUUGUGGAGGUCCUUUUACAGUGUCCACAAAUAAACGUGAAUGCCAUCAAUCCCCAGUGUGAGAACGCUACUCCUCUACACCUCGCUGUCAUGCAUGGUCACAGAACUGUUGUGGAAAAGCUUGUUAAAGCUAAAGCAGACUUGUCGCUGAAGAUGGGAGAACUCAACGCCGAGGACAUUGCAAAACAGUUUGACAGCUAUGCUACAUUAAGGGUGCUAAAAGAUUCUGUGUGACCUAGCUAUAUAGACAUUCACAAUGUCAUUAUGUUUUGACUACAAGAAGUGUACCUGAUAAGUUAAAAGCAUUACCUGUGGAGUGUGAAAAAUGAUAUGUUAAAUUUGUGUUAUGAGUGACAAUAGUGAACAAAUAACUGUUCACUGAUAUGGAGGAUAUUUAAAACAUUAAUGCAUCACGUGUGAAAAGGACUUCUCACUAUUUAUAACUUGCUUGUUAAUAAAGUGACUAUCAUUGUUUGUAUUAUUAUUGGUAUACCCUUAUGUCAUAAACAGGAUGCACUUACAGAGUACAGUACAACAAACAACAGAUUAAUAAUAAACAAACAUAUUAUCAAUA